AUGGCCAACAAGAAGAAAGAUCGCCCUCGCACCUUUGAAAGUCUCAAUCGGCGCCCUCAAAACCCCCUUGACGCUCGAGUGCUGGCCCUGAAACGUAAAGCUCGGGAGCAGACGCUGCAACGGCAUGGUCAAGAACCUUUGGGGCCACCUCAAGUCCCCGUCAACACCACGCCAAUCGCUGAUCCCACUCAAGUACUUGAUGACGAAGACAACAAUGACCCAAACGACGAAAUGGAUGAUCACAUGAAUGCACCGCCUCUUGAUCCCUCCAUGGAUCCCCCCGAAGUUGUCCUGGUGGAUGAUGAUGCCAUACAUGCUCUGAAUAGGGGGUUCUACUCCGGUCGUAGGGCCCAUGAAGAAGUGCAAUGGCAAAAACGACACCCUGCCAUGUUCCAAGCUUACCUUCAGUUGCAGCGAUUGACACGUGAUUGGUCAAACCAAUUAUUUGAUCACGACUUCGAGAAGACUUGUCAAUGUCAAGGUACCCCACGUACUUUGGAUGUUUUGGAUCUUUUUUUCAGGUGUCAAUCCUGUUUUGCAAGUGCUACGCAAAUGAUCAAGCAAGGCUCAUCUAUGCUGGUUAUAUCGGUGGUACCGCAGAUGUCCCAGUCCCAGCAAUCACCCUUUGCAUUGGCACUAGCGGAGUUUCUUGAUCCUGGCAACCCCAUAUUCCUUGUGAAAAGUGGUGAAAAGGCACGAGAAUGGCAUCGUACAUUAUCAUCAGCUAUGGAUGGGUAUCAAAAAAUGCUCAUCAUGUCUGAUGAAGCUGCUUCCAAGGCUCUCCGCCUUAGCAAAGAUGAUGAGUUGGCUUUCAAAUGCCCACAAUGCUUUGGGCCAGAUGUAGACCCGUUGCCUAACUCUGAACCGGAUCACUGUGUAUGUAUUGAUGGGAAUUUUCAAUAUUGUCGCCACUUGGCUGCGAGUAUUGAGUUAGGAGGGAUCAUUACUCCUUUCAUGUUCUUGCCACCUGAGGAAUUAGAGGCUAUGCGUGCCAGUGUACCCACACCUUGGCAGAGAACCAGCAAGAAGAAACACUGGGCAGAAGAGGAAGUUACAUACCGCUUCUGA